CCUCGAGCAGCCCAUGACAUGCGACUGACAGGCCUGCGGUCGGUCUGUUCCUGACGUAUCACCGUAACUUUGUAGCUCGAAGGCAACUCAUAAGAUCGUUUCUUAUCAAAAUACUCGCGUCCGAUGCACAUAAAUCCGUCUGCCUUAAACCUAUGACCCAACACGAGCAGCAUGAGUUCAGGGAAAGUUUGGAGGAAGCCCUGUCCUGGAUGCAGGCUAUCCAGGAGAGGCUUAAGCAAAAUGAUAACACCCAGGGUCCCCUGACAGCACUGGAGGCCAGACUCAGAGAGACAGAGGAAAUCCAUAGGUCAGAGACUGAGACUGGUCAUGUGAAGAUGGACAGGGUACUGGUGGCGUCUGAAGCUCUGCUCCUAAAGGGAGACGAAGAGAUGAAGAAUCAGACUCAUUCAAAACUGAAGGAUCUGAAAGCGCUGUGGGAUGAGACAUUGACCUACAUAAUUCACUGCCACAGUCGCAUCGAAUGGGUUUGGCUUCAUUGGAGUGAAUACCUGAAGGCUCAUGAGGAGUUUGGGAUGUGGCUGGAGAAGAUGCACCGAUCUCUGGAGCCACAGCUUGAGCUACAGCUGGGUCCGCAGGAGAAGCUGUGGCAGGUUGACCAUCUGCGAGUCCUGCACAGUGACAUUGAGGCCCAGGGUCAGUUUCUGGAGAGGCUUCUGGACGAGGCUUUAUCCCUUUUCAACCGCACUCAAGAUCCCAGUGUUGAUGAGCAGGCUCAACAAGGUUUUCAAGAUGCCUACAACCAUAUUCAAGACAUAGCCCAGGAAAGGUUGGCUUUGGCAGAGAAAAGAGCAGAAGAGCACCAGCAGUACCAAAGUUGUGUUUAUAAAUUCCAAACCUGGCUUGUGUCUAGAACAGAAGAAGUCAGUCGGUUCAGCGACAUGAAGGAUACGACACAAAAUAAACUCAAAGCCCUGCAGGAACUGAACACCAGUAUAGCCAAAGAAGAGCUCACACUCCAGCACAUUGAAGGAUUGUCCGAGGCGGUGAAGACCAACACAUCUCCAGCGGGAGCGGAGAGGAUCACAGAGAAGAUGGAGGAGUUGAGGUUGGCCUGGCAGAGGUUACGUCUGGCACUAGCUGAGGUUCAAGAAGAGCUCCAGAGCGCAAUGGACUCUGAGAGCGAGUAUUCAAACCGCUGUACAGAGCUGAGGGUGGACCUCGCGAAGCUCAGAACCCAGGUCCAGAACCUCAGUGUGGAACUGGAGAGCAGGGAUGGAGAGAGGACGGAGGAUCACAUGGUUGCUCAAUGGAAGACUCACACGGGUGUGCGUAACAAGCUCGUCGCAGAGGAGCCCCAUGUGGAGCAGUUGAAGUCUCGGUUAAAAGAGCUUUUCAGAUUCCCGCAGGACUCUAGAGCGCUGUCUGAUGAGGUGCUCGCUGUGGUAAAGGAGUACCUGAGUGUGAAAGGCAGAUCGUUCAGGUUGUCCUCCGAGAGGGAAUCGACGCUGCGACAGAUACUGCAAGACCCUCUGCUCAGGUUCAGCCAGUGGAGUCAAGCGGUUUCGCAGCUCCUGGAAGCCUCCGCCGACGUGACUGAAUUCACCCAUAUCGCUCUGCUUGUACAGAAUAUCGAGAAGUUACUCAAGACCAGCUUGCAGCUGCAGGAGCGCUUGACUUUGCUUCAGGUGAAGAGUGAUCUUCUCAGCUCUGUUUUUGGGCAGGAGAAAGCCGAUGAUCUGUUGAAGGAGCUUAGCGGAGAUAUGAAGAGGAGAGAAUCACUUCACAGUCAGCUCCAGGAUCGCAAGAGUCGUCUGCAGGGAUUGAUAUCAAAGACAAAGGACUUUUCUGAGGCUUAUGACUCCAUUUACAAAAAGCUGAGCUUCAUAAAGACGAGGUUCUAUGCAGCGAAUGGCCUCCAACCUGAUAUUCUAGCAAAGAAGAGCCAGGGAGACCAGCUCAGGGUCAUUAGGAAAGAUUUGGAGGAUUGCGAGGCCCAUAUUUUGGCCCUUGAGACGCUGGUGUCAUCCAACCCAACAAACGGCACCAAGUUUGAGCGUCUAUAUGCAGAAUGGAAGUUGCUAUACAAUGCGGUUCGGAUUAAGGUGAAUGAUAGUGAGGAGAACAUUGUAGACCAUGAACUUUUCCAUGAGAAUAUCCUGAAUUUGGAGAAGUGGUUAAUGACCAUGCGACAGAAGCUGGAAUCGUUCCGUGGGGGAAACGGAGAAUGGGGCAUCAAUAAUCGGCAACAGGAGGCGGAGAGGGCGCUAGGGGAGUUUCCAGAAAAGGAGAUCCAGCUGAACCAGAUGGAGGCACAGGGUCAAAAUGUGCUGGAGAAGACCUCCGAUGAGGGCAAAGUUCACAUUCAACAAGACCUUAAUCGCCUCCGAGAAUCCUGGAUGUCCCUCCACACGCUUAGUCUCAAUCUUUACAGACUUCUGAAUGGACAUCUUGCCACGGAGGUACAAGACUCCCGGUCACGCAGAACCGAGUGUCCGGAUAGAUGGGCGGAUGGGGGUCACGAGGGCUCAGGAUCUGGAGCAGCGUCCGGCUUUGAAGGUGGAUACCUAGCCGCAGGUGAUGAGGAAACAGGUCAACGUCCACAUCACAAGCUCGAUUCACAGUUCCACCUGCGAUCGGAAUCAACAGAUUACCCAAAGAGCAUCGAAGCAACUCAAAAUCCAAUUCAAGUUGUGUUACCCGAGGGCAUCGAAAGACCAGGACGUACAGAGGUCAGGAGACGAGAGAUGAGUUACCAUGAGAGGACCCUGGAUGAUGAGGUGGAUGCAGUCACUUCUGGAGGUGAUGGAAGAGCAAACAGAAAACAGAUUGAGGAUGCGGGUAUGGACAGAAGUAACUUGCUCGGGAAGAUAGAGAGCGGGAGUGCUGAUAGGACUGGAGAAUGGGUCGAGGAACAUAUCGCCGGUUCUGGGAUUGAGGAUUUGGACGUGCAAGGCUUUAUUGGCUCUCAGGGGCCUCGGCAGCAUGUCGACACAGAGGCCAUGCGGAGAGAGUUUGAAGCGUGGCUUCUCAAAGAAAAUAACAAGCUCACAAAAAUUCUGAACAGCCAAAGCACCUCGAGUGCCGAAGAACUGACGAUGAGACAGGAUAGACUCAAGGGUUUGCGUGCUGGUGUGUCCUGGGGUCAAAGUCAAUUCCAGAGGCUAAUGGAGAAUAAGUCACCUAAUGAAGAUGUGGAGGAUCUGCGAUAUUGUUGGAUGUUAUACAAGUCCAAACUGAAAGAGGCUGGUGACCUCCGAGCUCUGAAGACACACAAGGGUGCAAGUGCACAAGGACAGGAGCUCGUUCGUGCUGGAAAGGAGAACAGCAGCCCCGGGUUCUUGUACCGCGUGUGUCGCAUGGCUCUUCCUCUUCAGCUCCUGCUAUUGGCACUGCUGCUGUUGGCGUUUCUUCUACCCAUGAUGGAUGAGGGCACAAGCUGCUCGCUGUCUAACAACUUCGCUCGCUCAUUCAACAUCAUGCUCCGCUACGACGGACCACCACCCACUUAAGGAUGAACACAACACUUCUGGCUCAAAAACUUAGCUUUUUGCGAAGACGGCAAUCAGUGGUUGUUUAUGUAUCAUCUACUUAUUGUAUAUUUUCUGUAUUUGGGUUUUAUGUCUGUUAUUUUUGGUUCUUGGAUGGCUUUGGUCCACAGUACACCUACUGGUGGACCCAGCAGAUCAGAAACCGUGUGUGUGUUUGUGUGUUUGAGUUUGUGAAAAUGUGAGUGGGUGGAUGGCAUAGACGCUCACAACCUGCUCUGUAUGAUUCAAGCUGUUCCUUCUCUACAUGCAUUUGGAGAAACCAAUGCCUUUACAAAGAGAAAAAAAGUCCUUUAAAGAUAUCUCUACUCAGGAGUUAUGUCACAUCCCUUACAUUUUUAUUUACAUUUUAUGUUUUAUUUCUAAAUAUUCUGUGGUAUGUCUUACAUUUUUAAUCAGAAUUUUGCAUGUUUUUUUCCCCAUGUUAUGUUUAUUUAAUCUGCUAUUUUACUCGGGCAUGUAGACAGCGAAACCUGCUGUAUUAUAGGAUAUAUCUUUGUGUUCCAUAUAAAGAUUCAGAUGUCAUUGAGACUUCCAUGUCAACGUUCAGUUAAACUCAAAGACGUUCUUCCGACUUUGCCGCUAUAUGGUACAGAUUUAGAAGAGAACGCGGUCUUUAAAAAGGAACAGAGACAUUUCUUGUCUGUCUUAAACAGAGAAACAAAUCACUCCAUAGUUAAGGUGCUACGACAUAAAUGUCUCAGAAUAGACGGUGUGUUCAUAAAAAGUUUUUUAGACUGGGGGAUUGUGUUAUCUUUUUUGUUGACAUAGUUUGGCAUUGGCUGGCUUCUGACGGUUGUCAUGCCUUGUUUGAAGGGAAAUGUCCUUUUUUGAACAGAAUUUUGGAACUCUGACCUUGGUCUGUUUUGUUUCUCUCAGACCGAAGUUAUUCUAAGAUGGGAGUUUUAAGGGCUCGUUCAGUUCAGAAACAUCAGUAGUUGAGAUAGGUUCUGUUAGGAAAACAGAUGAGAGGCUGUUGUUCGUAGAAUUAAUCUCUUGAGUUUUAUUUGUCCAGCACAAUUAAGGUUUUUCUGACAAGGCACUGACUAUCCUGUAUUUCAAAGUGUUAUGUUUGAGAUGUAAGACACGUUACAUAGGAGAAUCUGAGACAACUUGCAUGGCUUUUAUGGUUUGACUAGUAUUACAUAUACUGCACGCACAUUAGAUUCUGUACUGCUUUUAUCCUGUAGCAAAUAUCUUAUUCAGAACUGCAUAUCUUAACGGCUCUUAAAAUUGUAAUAUUUACGUUAAUAUUUGAUGUACUAUUUAUUGUUAAAUCCAUAAAACGGUAUAGUGCAUGCGCAGAGAAAGACUUGAGAAAAUAUGCUGCAAAACUGUACUGUUGAAUUUAUUGCACUGAUUUGUUUCAAUUUAAAACUCUUGCUUAAUGCAAACCCUUAACUGAACUAUACCGAUGUUAUCCACAAUACGGUUGUUGAAGACUGAAAAUGCAACAAAGUUAAGCUGUACAAAAUUUGUUUGAAAGGUUCGACUGUGUUUUAGGAUCAAGUAAUGGUCAUUGAACGGAUGCUAAUAUAUCUGAUUUGCAGCACUGUGUGCACGAGAAAGAUUUUCAUGGGAAUUUUUUUUAAGUUCACUGCAAAAUGCAAGCAUGUAGAAAUUCUAGUUUCAAAUGCAUGAAGGGUUAUCGUAAGACAAUAUAUCAACAAAGUCUAAACAUUUAUUUUAUUACAUAUUUUGGUGAAACCUAUAACGCAUCUAACUGUUAUAUAUAAAACAUAUUACCAGUAUUUUUGUAUUUUACCCCAGGCAAUAAACAUGCUGUGCAUUUUCAUUACA